ACAUUACAUGAAUUUGAAACAGGCCAUGGCUCACGGCGUGGUAGUCGAAAAAACGCACAGAGUGUUGGAGUUCCGACAAUCUCCGUGGUUGGCCCCGUACAUUAAUCUCAACACCGAAUUACGCAAACAGGCGAAAAACAAAUUCGAAGAAAAGUUUUUUAAGGAUUUAAAUAAUUCAGUGUACGGGAAAACUUUCGAAAAUAUGAGGUUACGAUUUAAUUUGGAGCUUGUAUCGUGUCCAGUCAGAAUGCGGAAGCUGAUAAAUCGUCCGACGUUCAAGUACUGCACGACAUACAAUGAAAAUCUCUCGGUUGUCACGCAACAUACUAAGGAAGUGGAUUUCUGUAAACCCAUAUACAUAGGAUUCGCCGUACUGGAACUGAGUAAAGUUGUAAUGUACGGGUUUCAUUACGAUGUCAUGAAGCGACAUUACGGCGAUAAGAUCGAGCUGCUAUACACAGAUACCGAUUCACUAUUCUACCGCGUGACGACGAACGAUUUCUUCGUGGACCUGAUGAAAAAUCCUAAUUUGAUGCGGUUUAUGGACACCUCGAAUUUCCCACACGACCACAUGUGUUAUACGACUGCUCGGAAGCGUAUUCCCGGAUGUUUUAAAUUCGAGUGUGGCUCCAGAACCGUUUACGAAUUCGUUGCUUUGCGUGCCAAGUCUUAUGCGUACGACGUCGAAGAGGAGAUUACCAUUCGCGCGAAGGGUGUUAUGGGGCACGUGAUCAGAAAUCACCUCACUUUCGCCGAGCAUAAACGGUGCUUAUUCGCCGACGUGGACGACGAUGCAGAAUCCGACGAGUGUGACAACGAGUUCGACGCUAAUAUGGGGAAAAUGAUCGCAGCCGAUUCCGCGCUGAAAGCUGUCGCACAAAUUCAUCGGAACGCCUCAACCUCUGCAACAAAUUCACCGUCGACCACACAUCCGUCCCACGUUUACAGCUACAUGCCAUUCACGCCGUAUAGGGAAAAUGUCUCUAUACGGUCGUUUAAACACGAAUUGCGUACGAUUAGGACUAUGAAAUUAGUUUUAAACAGGGCUGACGAUAAGCGUCAUGUGCUACCCGAUAACAUUUCCACGUACGCACACGGUCAUCACCGCAUAAAUUUUUAAAUUGUUAUUAUUGUUAUUAUUAUUAUUGUUAUUGUUAUUAUUGUUCAAUGAUCUCAUAUCUGUAUAAAUUGUAUAAUUGCGAAAUGUGUCUGCUGCAUACUUAUAUAACCUGAUAAAAUAUAUAUAUAUAUAUAUAUAUAUAUAUAAUGUAUAAUCGUGAAAUACAACCGUUGUAUAUAAAAAUAUGAUAGUGUACGAUGCUAAAAUAUUAUAUUAACUACGUUUUGUAUUUAAUCUCGUGUUUUUAAAUUAUUAUUAUUAUUUUAGUAUCGCAACCUAAUCUUCUCAUCCUUAUCAUAUUUUAUCUUAUCCCUAUCUUCUCAUCAUCAUCUUAUCUUAUACUUACCCUUAUCUUCAUACAUACUUAUCCGAUAUAUUAUACCGAGGUCUUGACAACAUUAUUAUUAUUAUUAUUAUUAUUAUUUUUUAAAAACCCCCGCUCAUUCGCGGCGCGAUAAGAAGCGGGUGAGGAUAUUUUAUAUCCCUACAUACGGUGUUCUGACGGCUAGCACUUCUACAUCAGUCAGUCUUUGGAGUUAAGCAUUUACAAUAAAAAUACA